GGAAGAAGGCGGAUAUGGCGUCAUAGUGUUUACAUUGUUGAUAUGGUUGAAUAGAUAUGAGCUAAGAUAGCGGACAUAUUAAAUCUCCUCUUUGACAUAUUUACCCGCAUCUGGGUGUAGUUGUCGUGUUUCAAUGGGUGGUCACGAGCCCGAGUCUAUCGACUACUCGGUGCACGAAGCCUGGAACGAGGCGACUAACGUCUACCUGCUGGUGAUCCUGGUCAGCUUCGGCCUGCUCAUGUACGCCAGAAAAAACAAGAGGAAGAUCAUGCGUAUCUUCGCUCUGCCUCCCACUGUUGGCAGCAGCCCGGAGCCAAACUUCUACGACAGCCUGCAGAAGGUGCGCCUGCGGCAGCAGCUGGAGAUGUACUCCCUGGCCAGGAAAUUUGAGCAGCAGCAGGGCCAGACGGACAGUGUGCAGCUCUCUAUGGAAUGAGAGCAGGAAGGUCUGUGGGAGCAAACACUCCAGUGUGUGUGAGCCGAUCAGAAAAGACUAAGAUGGCUGUCAUGAUGAGACAGAGAACAAGAGACACCACUCCUGUCCAGGUUGUUUCUGUUUGGUUCCUUGAUUCAGAAGCGUCUUAAUUCACAAUCUGUUGUCUGUUUUUGUCUAGAACACAUGAAGCAGGUACAGAUGUUAUUGAGAUGCUCUCAGUAUGAUGUGAGAUUAAAUGAAAUUCCACCAUGGAGGUCUUUUUUUUGCACAUAGAAAAUCUUUUAAAUGUAACAUAGUUUUUAGUUGGUUUCCAUUUGUUUUUAUUUGUUUUUUUAAAUGUUCUGUUGGCUGGGUAGUAAAAUCUGAAUUCUCAAAUGUGAAAAUAAAAGCACAUAACACACAUAAAA